CUAGGGGCUAUUUUUCCAUCUUUUUGGAUUAAACCCAUCCAAAAUCAAUCCCCCAAAAUUUUGACGAUGCUCUCCUGUGUUCUUCCUAUGAGCACCAAUCCCAUUUCUAUCAACAAAUCAACCAUUAAUUUGACAUAAAUAUGGAGAUUUUCCCUGUUCCUACUCAUCGGGUUCAAACGAUUUUCUUUACAGUAUCGCCACCUCCACUUCCCUUUUCAACCAGACCAAUCAAGAAUUCUCAGUCUCCAUCUGCAACUUCUGCUACUACUGCCAACAACAGUACAACACUUCGAAGUCAAACUCCCAAUGGGCCGUCAUUCAAUUCUUCCCCGAAACACAAAACAUACGUCUCAACCUCCCACCAAGCUAGACAGUCCGCUAUUAUUGAUAUUCAACAAUCCCCUGAUUUACAUUUGGCUCUAUCGAGGUCAGCAGGUGUGCUGAAAGUGCAAGACCUCAAUCUCGUUAUGCGCCACUUUGGCAAGCAAAAUAGAUUGAAGGAUCUUUCUCAGCUUUUUGAGUGGAUGCAGCAAAAUGGGGAGCUUAACUUUGCUUCUUAUAGUAGUUACAUGAAGCUCAUGGGGAAGAGCCUCCAUCCUAAUAAAGCACUGGAAAUAUACAAGGGCAUAGAAGAUAAAUUAACCCGAGUUAAUCCAUCUGUUUGUAAUUCUGUUCUUGGCUGUUUAAUUAAAAGUGGCAAACUUGAGAACAGCUUUCAACUUUUUCAUCAAAUGAAAGAAGAUGGUUUAGUACCAGAUGUCAUUACUUACAGUACGCUACUUGCAGGCUGUGCUAAAGUUCAAGAUGGUUAUAAAAAAGCAACAGAUUUGGUUCAGGAGCUCAAGUACAAGGGUUUACAAAUGGAUAGUGUUAUUUAUGGGACACUUAUAUCUGUUUGUGCUUCAUGUAACAAAUGCAAAGAAGCAGAGAGUUAUUUUAACCAAAUGAAGACCGAAGGCCAUGUUCCUAAUGUGUUUCAUUACAGUUCUUUGCUUAAUGCUUAUUCAAUGGAUGGAAACUAUGAGAAAGCUGAGGAGAUACUUAGAGAGAUGAAAUCAGCAGGGUUAGUUCCAAACAAGGUUGUUUUGACAACUUUAUUGAAGGUGUAUGUUAGAGGAGGCUUGUUUGAGAAGUCAAGAGAGUUGCUAAAUGAACUAGAAGCCCUUGGCUAUGCUGAAGAAGAGAUGCCAUACUGUUUGCUAAUGGAUGCUCUAUCAAAAGCUGGACAAAUUGAUGAAGCUAAGUUGGUUUUUAGUGAAAUGAAGAGAAAAAAUGUGAAAUCAGAUGGGUAUUCCUACAGCAUUAUGAUUUCAGCCUUCUGUAAACAUGGGCUCCUUGAGGAUGCAAAGGAAUUAGCAUUAGAAUUUGAAGCCAAAUAUGAAAAAUAUGAUGUGGUUAUAUUGAAUACAAUGCUGUGUGCCUAUUGUAGAAGUGGAGAAAUGGAGAAUGUGAUGAACUUGAUGAAGAAAAUGGAUGAAUUGGCAAUUAAUCCUGACCGAAAUACUUUUCAUAUUCUGAUAAAGUAUUUUGCUAAAGAGAAGUUAUAUAUGCUUGCUUUUAAGACCAUGGAAGAUAUGCAUAAGAGAGGCCAACAACCAGAUGAAGAACUUUGUUCCAAUUUAAUGUUUCAUCUUGGUAAAACCGGGGCCCAUUCAGAAGCAUAUACUAUCUACAAUAUGUUGAGAUACAGCAAGAAACCAAUGUGCAAGGAUCUUCAUGAGAAGAUUCUUUACAUCCUCAUAGCUGGCCGACUUUAUAAAGAUGCAUAUGUUGUGUUCAAGGACAAUUCAAGGUUGAUCUCUCGACCCGCUUUGAAGAGGUUUGCUAGUUCGUUUAUGAGAUUCGGUAAUAUAAAUUUGAUAAAUGAUGUCAUGAAGGCUAUCCACAACUCGGGCUAUAACAUUGGUCAGGGUUUGUUUUCCAUGGCAAUAUCGCGCUACAUAGCUCAACCAGAAAAGAAGGAUCUUCUACUUCAAUUGCUAGAAUGGAUGCCUGGUCAAGGCUAUGUUGUUGACCCAUCCACACGAAAUUUAAUAUUAAAAAACUCAGAUUUAUUGGGACGCCAACAGACGGCUGAGAUUUUGUCAAAACAACACAUCAUGUCAAAAGCAUUAAAAACACGUGAUAUAAAUAAAAAAUGAAAAGAUUUCAUAUAUUCCAUUGUA